CUUUGUUACACAACCUACUAGAGAUAGUAGGCCGUGUUUGUUACUAUAAUCCAAGUCUGGACCUAGUGUGGGGUAAUGAGGCAACUCCGGAUUAAUUCCCAGGUUUUCACGCAUAGAACGGGAGCAGUGUGGGCACGAAGUAAAAUAUACAUUUAUUUCGCCCCUUCGGUAACAGCGGUUACAGUACAGAAAGUCUGCAUAACGAACAAACAUACGAAAAGAAUGGUAAAAGUAUAUUCGUUAUGGCAAUGGUGUACAAGCACACUACUUAUUUCUUGGGCAUCUCCUAUAUGGUGUGAAGCAAACCGAUAGAAUAGUCUGUUUGACAGAAAGUAACAUCAGAUCACGUUAAUGUAGAGCCACAGCUACUUAUUAUAGCCUACUCUGGUAAAACUCACGGUUGGACAUAACUAGGUUACCAAAAUAGCAGUCAGCAAUAACAUGUUUGACACAAUUUAUAACAGCUGGGUCGAAAAUACCAAUUUGUUGCGGUAAAUUUAUUUUUAAAAUUUGAAAUGACGUAUUUUGCGGGCAUUAUUGACAAUAAUCUUGAUUGUGACGCAAUAAAACUCUUUUGUACACACCAUACCAACGUGGUAAUAUUUUGCAAUGUUAUUGCAUACGUAGAAUAAGCCGCAUGUAAAAGAAUACAGGUCCACGUUUUUUAAUUGCUGCCCGUCUUUAUCGAAGAUGGAAAUUGACAGCGAUUCAAACUCCAUCAAAAUGGCGCCAAAAAUCAAGCGUACUUGCCUCUCUGCACAAAGCGCGCUUUCAGGCAAACCAAACGUCGAAGAAGUCCCGCUGGGUGCAAAGCUUCCGAUGGUUCCCGGUAGUCGAUUACAACUGUACACUGCUGGUCUCGGUGAGAAGCUGCACCAGCCAUCAUGUGACUUCGACCGCACCUACCCCAGUGACGUUUACAUUAGUAACGAAUAUCGUUGCUUGCACGACCCUCACCUCCGUCAUUACUUCGUCAACAGGCCUGAUAUGACGAAACGAUUACGUAAACGUGGAUUUGUGACCAGAGAAAAUAAGGUGUGGAAGCUUACAUGAUUUUUCAAGUUAUAUAAUAUUCAAAGAUUGUUCGGCUCAGACUUUUUGUACCAAACAACGCAGCGGAAAAUCACAAACCCGCAAGUUCAAAGCCACCAAUUCCUCAAUCGUAUAUCCUUAUUCGUCCUUUAUGUGUCGGCUUUUGAACUUUAAAUAUGCGCGGAAUAAAUUUGGAAUAGUAAAGAAUGGGCCUACAUAAAUGCCCGUGGUGCACGAUUUAAAUGUUUCUAUAAACAUUUGCCCAAUUAAGGUGUAACGGUUGUCCACAUUAUCACGCUUAUUUAUGGCGCUUCAGCUUAAAUUCUUCAAAUAAUGCCUGCAUUUUCGACAAAAUACUCGCAGGUCACUUCUAAAUUGCGUUUUACCCCAAAAUGUGUAGUAGGAUGGGGGAAGA